GGGCGGGCGGGCGGAGGCCGCCCCGGGGCACCGCCCGGCGGGGGCGCUUCCCGCUGCGGGCAGGCGCCUGGCUGAGGGCGCCGAAAGCUUCCCGGCGGGAGUCGCCGCUCGUUGUCCGCCCGGCGCCGGCCGCCCUUCGGAGCCGCGGCUCCUUCCUGCCCCCCCCCCCCCGCAGACGCAGGUGAACCGGGCCGGGGCGGCUCGGCCGGGAGGCGUCGCCCAUGUCGGGGAGCGCGGCGGCGGCCGGCGGCUGGCGGCGGCGGCCCGAUGAGGAGUCGCUGGGCUCGGGGGAGGCGGCAGCGCGGCCGCCCACCGCCGCCUUCCCGCCGCCGCCGCUCCCGCUGCAGCCGCCCUGCGGCCCCGGCUCGUGGCCCGGAGGCGAGGGCGAGCUGAAGCCGGUGCGGCGGUUCAUCCCGGACUCGUGGAAGAACUUCUUCAGGGGGAAGCGCCAUGGCGGCUCCGACUGGGACAGCGCCGCCUCCGACGUCAAGUACGGCGCGGAGGGAGCCGAGUGCUCCCCGCCGCCCUCGCCCGCCGCCCGGCCGCCGCCUGGCUCGGCCGCCGGCUCCUCGCGGCUCGGCGGCGGCGCGGCGCGGGCCGAAGGCGCGGCCAUGCUGCCCGGCGAGGCCGGCGGCUCCCUCGAGCGCCGCGCCUGCUCCGCGCGCGCCUACAGCGAGGCGGCGGCCGCCUACGCGCUGCGGUACGGCUACAUGAAGUCGUGGGCCGGGCUGCUGCGCAUCCUCUGCGUCGCCGAGCUGCUGCUGGGCGCCGCCGUGUUCGCCUGCGUCUCGGCCUACGUCCACAAGGACAACGAGUGGUACAACAUGUUCGGGUACUCACAGCCGUACGGUCUCGGGGCGGGCAGUGCCUACGGCGGGUACUCGUACAGCGGGCCCAAGACGCCCUUCGUGCUGGUGGCGGCGGGCGCCGCGUGGGUGGUCACCGUGGCGCUGCUGGUGCUCGGCAUGUCCAUGUACUACCGCACCAUCCUGCUGGACUCGCACUGGUGGCCCCUGACCGAGUUCGGGAUCAACGUGGCCUUGUUCUUCCUCUACAUGGCGGCCGCCAUCGUCUACGUGAACGAUAUUAAUCGCGGGGGACUCUGCUAUUAUGCACUGUUCAAGACGCCGAUCAACGCGUCGUUUUGCCGGGUGGAAGGAGGCCAGACGGCCGCGAUGAUCUUCCUGUUCGUCGCAGUGCUGGUCUACUUGAUCAGCGCCAUGGUUUGUCUGAAGUUGUGGAGACACGAAGCAGCCAGGAGGCACCGAGAGCUGCUGGAACAGGAGAUGAAAACACAGUCGUCUUUACCAGAAAAUAAGUACGGAAGUGUCGACAGACCGAGAGAAGAGAUCACUUACAGGCAGCUUAAAUCAGUGGAAGGGAAACCUGAGCAACUUAAUGGUCAUAUACCUGCAGGCCACAUUCCUAAACCUAUAGUGAUGCCAGACUACUUAGCGAAAUACCCAGCAAUUCAAACAAAUGAAAUGCGAGACCGAUACAAAGCGGUAUUCAAUGAUCAGUUUGCUGAAUAUAAAGAACUGUCAGGGGAAGUUCAUGCUGUAUUAAAGAAGUUUGAUGAGCUGGAUGCAUUGAUGAGAAAACUGCCUUAUACUCCUGGAAGCAUACAUGAAGAGGAAAGGAUAUCAAGAGUUUUGCAAGAAUACAAGAAGAAAAAAAAUGAUCCUGCAUUUCUGGAGAAAAAGGAGCGUUGUGAAUACCUGAAGAAUAAGCUUUCUCACAUAAAACAACGAAUUCAGGACUAUGAUAAAGUUAUGAAUUGGAAUGUAAAAGUUUAGCAUUGCCUUGACUAUGGGGAUACUGUUUUAUAUUUUUUUAAAUAGAAAUGUGUUUUUUUAAAUAUUUAUUUACUCUCAGAAUUUCCUGUGGGGAAAACAAUUACUUUCUUAAUCACUUUGUCACUUACUUAGAUACUGUGUAUUUCUGGUAGGUUUUGCAUACAGAUCUAAUUUUAAAUCAAUAUAAUGAGGUUACCAGGUGAAUUUAGAAAAUCUGUGUUAACAUUCUGCCUUUAUUAGACAGUGCACAGCCAGUCCUCUUACAUAUGCAUACUUUUCUAUUUGCAAGUAUUGCAUUAUUGUCUACCAGAGAAAGCAGUUCUAAAUACCAUGUCAAAAAUGUGCACACAAGUGCUGUAACAAUUUCAGACUUUAUAUAUAGGCCUUACAAUAUCAAAAAAGAGUUGAGUGAUGUUACUGGCUGGGGUUUGGGUAAAGUACUUAAUUAUUUUGAGUAGUUUUGACAAAUCAGAAAUGAGUUUAAUAAGACUAUUUGCAUCUUCAUAUGGUCUGCUGUAUGUGAGAAAUUAUUGAGAAUUUUACUUAACAAGAGGUACAAAGUAAGUUUCUAUUUAAGCAAGGAUAGCACGGUGGGUUUUUCGUCUUCAUUGUUUGUUUUUGUUUUUAAUGCACCCUUGUAGAGAUGAUACAAUGAAUUUAUAUAUGAUCUUAAAGGAAUAGAGAUGCAGGAUUAGGUGCACUAGUAUUGCCAAAGACUGGUGUGCUCUGCAUACUUUUUUGGAUCAUCUUAGCGGGAAUCUGUGGGCCUAAAAGAAAAAUGGUUUUUCUUUGUGAGCAAGGAACAGGACUUUUGUUUAGGACAGUUUUAAGAUUACCUAAUUGAAGCUGAUUGUGAACUCAGAGAUUAAGUAGAACAAAAUUAAUUCCCAAUUCAAGUACCAAUAAAGGAUCUUCUAUAAGGCAAGGUAAAAUGUGUUGUUGAUAGAUAUGCUUUCUAGAGAUUCUGUAAAAAUUUGUGUAAUAUAUCUUGGGAUAAGUAGGUUUGCAUGUGCAAAUGUUCUCAUAGAUAAGGAAAAUUUCUUUUUACAUCAUUUUUCAUAUCUUUAUAUUGACACUUUUUUACGUAUUAAAAUGGAAGAAUUGAUAGCCGUUUCUUUGUAUAGUUUUCUACAACUGCUGUUUUACUGGAUAUUUUGUUCUGAAAUAUAUUUUAAUUUCAAAAAAAAUCCUAAGCAUACCCAUGUUGUUCUCUUUGUUUUUGAAAGCAUUUUAUUAGGAAAAAGUGUUGAUAAAGGUUACUUCAAGAC